UCGUGCAUUCAAAAGCCCAAAAGAUAAUCGAACCGGGCCGGUCCAGUGUUAAACUGGGCUAGGGUUUCAACAUAAUAUAAAACCGCACCAGCUCUACUCUUCCCCACUCUCGUAACGAAGAAAGCCGCCGUAGCAAAACCCUAGACGGCUCAAGUAGUAGCAGAAAUGACGACUGUUCCAGGCCAGCUGAUUUGGGAGAUCGUGAAGAAGAACAAUUCGUUUCUUGUUAAGGAGUUCGGUAAUGGAAAUCAGAGCGUUCAGUUCAGCAAGGAGCCGAAUAACCUUUACAAUCUCAACUCCUACAAGCAUUCUGGACUUGCUAACAAGAAGACUGUUACCAUUCAGCCAGCUGGAAAGGAACAAUCUGUUCUGCUAGCAACAACCAAGACCAAGAAACAGGCCAAACCCGCCAGUUUACUUCACAAGUCUAUUCUCAAAAAAGAGUUCUACCGCAUGGCUAAGACUGUGGUCAACCAGGUUGCUGACAACUACUACAGACCGGAUUUGAAGAAAGCAGCUCUUGCAAGACUAAGUGCGGUGAACAGGAGCUUGAAGGUUUCAAAGUCUGGUGUUAAGAAGAAGAACAGACAGGCUUCAAGGAUUUAUGGUAGGAAAUGAAAAGGAAAUGUAUCAGUGUUGGUGAGCUGAAAUCUAUUUUUCAUGAAUUUUUGUCUAGACUCUUUAAAUCAACUUCAUGUUUGUCUUUGUGUUUCAAUGUUGAAAGUCAAAGAUGGUUGUUUUAUUGUUUCAGUAUUUGCAGAAUAUUAGAUUUUGGUUUGGUGCUUCUUACAAAUGAGUUUUUGAUUA